AUAAAAAAAAUUGUUGCCUUUCUUUCUGUUUUUUUUCUUUCGUGACUUCUAAUGGACAACGGCCCAGUCUACCUCUCGAACGAUAACUGCGGAGAACACAAACCAAACUGAUAACGGCCAGUGAUAAGAUAGCUAAAUGGUUUUCGAUAUUUGGACGAACCUGUUUUAGGUUCAGUGAUGGAUUUUAUGUUUAGCUUUUUCUAUGGAUAUCGUUCCUCGCAUUUUCGAGUAGAAAGGAAAUAAUUUUUUUAUGUUGAAUGUUUCGUUGAUGCCGGGAAUUUUUCUAGGCACUUGUCACUGAUAUUUUAGUGCCAUUGUGAUAAGACCACCAGCCACCACCAUCGACCGCACGAAUGGGCUAUCAUCAUUCGUUCGAAGAUGUCUCACCUAAAUACCAAUCCACACUACCAGGAACAGGACAAUCCAACGUUCGAUCUAAGUUGGGACUACGGAUAUGACGCUGAACUACGAGUCGCACCGCCGAGCAAUGUGGUACCCGUAGUGCACACAGGAGAAACCAAAAUCAUUACAGCCCAACCUCAACAGCGAGAUAACGAUCAAACUGUCAAUGUAACAACCUCAACCAAUAGGCCAAUACGAUCAGUUGACAGUCCAUUCCUAACACCAUUCAAUCCAAGAUCUGGGCUGGACUUCCUGUACGGAUUGGCGUCCGUAUACAUUGAGCAAACAUAUGAACUCAACGAAUUUCUAACAGCUGUGUCAUCCGAGAAUCGGUAUACCGUGCGGGGUCCCUCGAGCGAAGCACUUUUCGGUGUAUCGGAAAGUUCCGAUCCCAGCGAUCGCUGCUGGGGUUCUCUAAGACCCUUCCAGUUAUCGAUCGUCGAUCGAAGCAAUCAGGAAGUCAUGCUGCUGAAAAAGAACCUCGGUUGUGGAAUCUUCUGUUGCUUCUGUAAAAACCAAUUCCUGGAGUUGUGGGCAACACCGGGCAAUCUGAUUGGUUGUAUACAGCAAGACUACGGUCUGGUAUCCAGAGAGAUUAUCCUCAUGAACGGUGAUUUGGACACGAUGUUUCGGAUUCCGAUUUCUCUGAAAAAUGCGGUUCGCAUGCCGAGCGAGGCUCACUUUGUAGUGUUGGAUCGGGAAAUGCGAAAUCAGAAAGGUUCCAUCACCAGAGCAUGGAACGUGACCAGUUCAUCCUAUACUAACAAUAUCUAUUUCAACGAACCGGAGCUUGACGUGCGGCUCAAGGCACUAUUCCUAGGGGCAGCUUUUCUACUAGAAUAUAUCUAUUUUCAAUCGAAAUGCUGUUGAUAUGCAAAAUUGAAAUUUGUCCAACGUGAAACGCUGACUAAAUUAAUUAUUUGUAUAUUUGUGAAGGUAUAUUUAAUGUAUUUAAAAGAAUUUUUUUGGUCUA